AUGGCCUCAGACAAUACCUCCGUGGUCGGAAAGGUUGUUUUCAAAAGCGUUGAGCUCGGAAAUGUGGGGCUUAGCUGGUUUUUGCAGCUUUCUUUAGCGCAACAGAUCUCCCUCGUUAUACUGGCUCCCUUCGUUUACUCGAUCGUGUGGCAAUUCUGGUUUUCCCUUCGCAAGGACCGUGUGCCAUUGGUCUUCUACUGGAUUCCCUGGGUUGGUAGUGCCGUUAACUAUGGUAUGAGACCUUAUGAGUUUUUCGCCGAGUGCCAGCAGAAAUAUGGGGAUGUUUUCUCCUUCAUGCUGCUGGGACGCGUAAUGACCGUCUACUUGGGCCCCAAAGGCCACGAGUUUGUCUUGAAUGCGAAGCUCGCCGACGUUUCUGCCGAAGCAGCUUACACGCACUUAACCACACCCGUGUUUGGCAAAGGUGUUAUUUACGACUGUCCUAACAGCAAGCUAAUGGAGCAGAAAAAGUUCGUGAAAGGCGCGCUUAGUACCGAUUCAUUCCGCUCUUAUGUUCCCAAAAUCGCUGAUGAGAUUCACCAGUACUUCCGCAAUUCCAAGAACUUUCUCGUGAACUCCAAAACUGAGGGUGUCGUCAACGUCAUGGAAAGUCAGCCAGAAAUGACCAUUUUCACGGCUUCGCGCUCACUCCUUGGUGAAGAAAUGCGUCAGAUGCUAAACACUGACUUCGCUUAUCUGUACUCUGAUCUGGAUAAAGGCUUCCAGCCCAUCAACUUUGUAUUCUCCAAUUUACCAUUGGAUCACUACCGUAAGCGUGACAACGCCCAGAGAACCAUCAGCGCCACAUACAUGAAACUGAUUCAGAAAAGAAGGGCUAACAACGAUAUAAAAGAUAGAGAUUUGAUAGACUCGUUGAUGAAAAGCUCUACAUACAAGGAUGGCACACCCAUGACCGACCAAGAAAUUGCUAAUUUGCUCAUCGGUGUUUUGAUGGGUGGUCAGCACACUUCUGCUGCUACUUCUGCUUGGUUUUUGCUUCAUUUGGCAGAAAGACCAGACUUGCAGGAGGCCCUAUACAAAGAGCAAAUGGACGUUUUACAGGGCGGAAAAGAAGAAUUGACUUAUGAUCUUCUGCAAAAAAUGCCUUUGUUGAACCAAACUAUUAAAGAGACUUUAAGAAUGCACCACCCACUUCACUCCUUGUUCCGUCAAGUCACGAGAGACCUUGCGGUUCCGACCACGCCUUAUGUGGUUCCAAAGGGCCACUAUGUCUUGGUCUCUCCUGGCUAUUGCCAUUUGCAAGACGAAUUUUUCCCCAAGGCCAAUACUUUCGAUCCAUACCGCUGGAACAACGACUACCAGUCCUCCUACGCCACUGGUGAAGAAGUGGAUUACGGUUUUGGUUCUAUCUCUAAAGGAGUUUCUUCUCCAUACCUGCCCUUUGGCGGUGGUAGACAUAGAUGUAUCGGAGAACACUUUGCUUACUGUCAGCUUGGCGUAAUUCUAUCCGUUUACAUUAGAACCAUGACAUGGGAAUUUACUCCCAAAAUGAAAGGUGUACCAAAGUCCGAUUUCCAAAGUAUGGUUACCUUACCAGAGUGUCCGGCCGAAAUUCAAUGGAAGAAAAGGGCAGCUGAACAGAAAAUUUAA